GUCUGCUGCUGCUGCUGUCGGUCUCUGCUGCUGCCGUUGUCUGCUUGUCUUGUUCUCUCGUCGCUUCAGUUGUGAGUAUGAGGAAGCUGUGGUGUGCAGCAGUGUUGGUGGUGACGCUGGUGAGUGUGGUGAGGCCUCAGUGUAUCUCCAACAAUGACAAGCUGGUGACCUUCCGACAUGACCUGGCCCACAUCACCCCCUUCAGCUUGGACCUCUUCAAGCAGCUCUAUCCACCCACCGCCACAGGAAACUUUUUCUUCUCGCCCUACAGCGUGUGGACCGCCCUGGUCCUGGCCUACUUUGGGUCUGCUGGCAGGACUCGUCAGCAGCUGCAGGACACCCUUCGUCUCAGAGACCCUUCAACCACUCUGGCUACCUACAGGGCCCUCGACCGUCUAACCGCAAAGAGACAGAGCAACACGAGUGACUAUGUGAUACACUUGGCUAACAAAGUGUAUGUGAAGAGCGGCUUCCCUCUUCGGGACUGCAUCAGAGAUGUCCUUAAGAAAGAGGUGGAGAAUAUCGACUUCUCACAGGCGGCCAAAGCAGCUGCGACAAUCAACCAGUUCGUGAACAAAACAACGCGAGGCAAGAUCCCAACUGUGGUGACAGAGAGCGACGUGGCACCGACACUGAUGGCGCUGGUCAACACCGUCUACUUCAAAGGUUUCUGGUUGAGUCAAUUCAACCUAACCCAAACAACCAAGCAGAAGUUCUUCACCACCCCGAGCCAACACAGCCUUGUUGACAUGAUGACCCAACUUGGAUGUCAUAUCCCUGAGAGUGAACACUGGUUACAGUGGUCUGUGGUUGCAGGAGUCUCGAGUGAGCUGGGAGCGACAGUGUUAGAGAUGCCGUACAAGGGGAAGGCGGCGUCCAUGUUGGUGUUGCUGCCUGACAACACCCCCGGCGGCGCCCCUGGUAACUCCGCCACGCCCCUGGACGCCAUGCUGCGGCGCCUCUCCCACGACACCCUCCACCACGCCCUCACCAACCUGGAAGAGGUGGAAGUAGAUCUUCACUUCCCAAGGUUCAAACUGGAGCAGACAAUCACUGAGGAACUUAAGGCGGUGAGUAGUCAGGAUGUUUUACUUGCAUCUCUAUAUAAAUGUUGUCAGUGUUAAGGUAAACAUUUAUGG